AUGGCUUAUCUCCGGUUCUUCAUUGCCGCUACUAUGCUUCCAGCAUCCGUUUUAGGAGCAGCCGAGUACGCCGCUACAUUCUCCCGCUGCCCUGGUACUACGGAUGGCGUUGGCCGCACGUGGCUUCCAGAUGACAAUCGGUGUGCGUGGCUCGCUUUCGACGCCGGGCCAUACGACGUAGGCGUUCACAGCCCCAGCCAGCCGCUCAUCACGUACAAUAGUUACUGCUGUCUUUGGGACCAUGGGAUUUCAGCUUGCUACUACAACACUCGUUAUCAUGGUGAUAUCAAUUCAAAGGCAGAAUGCGCUCAGGAUACUGCUCCUUGCGCCUUCUUUGAACGGCACCCCGGUGUUGAUCAUGGUACCGUCAGUUCUCAGGCCAGGGGAACAUGCUGA